AUGGGCCGCCGUUACAAGCUUCCGAAGCCACAGAUCGACCUUCUCCUGUCAUUCCUGCCGUCAUAUACUACAUGUCAAGAUUUCCAGGGCGGAUUCAAGUCACUUUGGCCCCGUAUCACGACCGCUUUCUAUACUCAGUUCCCUGUUGUGCUCACCGCAGAAGAGCUUGCUGCUGCAGAAGGGGAUGCAAAUAAAGCAUUGAAAAUCCGUCAUGAUGCGGAUUUGAAGUAUAUCAGGGCUUUAAUGGCCAACGAGUCCCGCAUUAAUAGGGCCAGUAAAGGCGGAACUCCCUUAUUGCUGCAAGUUGUGCGCGCUGCCACAGAAAACGAAACCCCCAAGCGGCAGCGUGCCUAUCUGCCGUGGCAAGGCUACUCGAAGCUCAUCGAUUAUUGCAAUAACAACGAAUUGAAGGCGGAGUGCCGGGCGGCACACAACACGUAUUGCAACGCUCUCGAGCCCGAUAUCAAGCCACCAACACUUCUCACAUUCACUGGACGGUGGCUGACCGAGCGGCUGGAAACCGAGUCUGACGAAUUUCAAGAGGAGGUCCAGUUGUUCUGCGAUGCCCACGGUGCCAAGGGCGAGGAGGACGACGAGGAAAAUCCAGCAAAUGAUCUCUCCAGCUCCGGACCUGGUACGGACGACGCGCAGAGCAGUGCACACGAGGCCACUGACGGUGUGGCGGCGGACUGCGCCGAUGGGGCCGCAAAAGGUCCGCCUACCGCGUUCUCAGACGUUCUAGCCAAUGAAGCCGAGUAUCAGCGUCUCUGCAACAGCCUUCCGAACGUUUUCAUGUCUAUGCUAGACUCUCUCGCCGCAGAAACCCGUUGGUCGUUUUGCAUUUUCGCUGCCGGACCGGACCCGAAGUAUGGAGAGGUGCCACGCUCCUAUAGCUCUAAGAAAGACGCAUGGAAGGCUUUUCAAGAUCAGUGGGAUCAUUGGGCAGCGCAGCGCUAUCCGGGUGGAUGGACGGGCGUUCAGCAAUCCGUCCAGGCAACAAUCGCCUCCGGGGGCACCCGACGGCAGGCUCUCAAAGCUCUAUCAUUGGCUGAGCCUCCGUUGGCAACCGAAGACUCCACAAAGAAGAAGAAGAAGAAAAGGAAAAGCCGAAAGAAGUCUCCUGUGGCAGAUUUCGCCAUCUGUUCCGCAUCUACGGUUCCUUCGUCGCCGCCUCCUUCCCCCGCCCAGAUCGGUGCCGCCAUCCAGGACAAUGCUGCUGCCGCCGGGGACGAUGCUCCCACCGCUGGGGACGAUGCUCCCACCGCCAGGGACGAUGCCUUUGCCGCCGCCGGGGACGAUGCCUUUGCAGCCGCUGGGGACGAUGCCUUUGCAGCCGCUGGGGACGAUGCCUUCGCAGCCGCUGGGGACGAUGCCUUUGCCGCCGCCGGGGACGAUGCCUUCGCAGCAGCCGGGGACGAUGCUGCCACCUCUGGGGACGGUGCUGCCGCUGCCGGGGACGAUGCCUUCACAGCUGCCAGGGACAAUGCCUCCGCCGCCGCUGGGGACGAUGCUCCUGCCGCCGGGGACAGUGCUGCCACCGCCGGGGAUGAUGCCUUCACAGCAGCCAGGGAUGAUGCCUCCGCCGCUGCCGGGGACAAUGCUCCUGCCGCAGGGGACGAUGCCUUCGCCGCCACCGCCACCGCCACCGCCAAGGAUGAUGCCGCCUUCGCCACCGCCGCCAAGGAUGGUGCCCCUGCCGCCGCUCUGGAUGGUGACGCCGCCGCUGCCGCCACUCCGACUGCCCACGAGGACAUGGAGCCGCCCAUUGAUGCAUCUGGUGUUGACCCCACAGGAGCUUCUAUGUGCAAGGAGGCCUCAACACCGGCGUCGUCGCGUACACCCCGUCUCACACGCCGGAGCCAUAAAAUCGUGCCUCUGGCUAGCACGGAGACGACUCCCGCUGGCACCAAUCGUUCAAUACGCAAACGGCGCUCCCAGGUGGCUGUAGGAUCGCUACCAUCUUUGAUGCCUGUCCCACCGCCGUCUGCACUUUAUCUACCCACGUACCAAGGUUGGGUGGAGAAUGCGCAUGAAUCUUUCCGGACACUCUUAUCCAACAUGGGUGCGGACGAGCUCCAGCUCCAGCUUAAUCCCCUCCUUGAUCUGUGGGUCAAAUUUGAAGCUGCACGGGGUUACGCAGAUAGGAAUCAUAACAUGCCCAGCACCUUGCGCCCGAAGUCAGUGGCUUGGUGGAUGACCAACGCCAAACGCGACGCCGACGUGGUUCCUGACAUAUCCGUUCAUCCCAGAGAUGUCACCAUCUUCGCAUCGCGCUGGUGGGAGUGGCUCAACGAGAUCUCGCCGGCAUGGCGACGGCUGGAUCAAUCUCAGAUAUCUGUCCCUGUCCCGAAUGUUGGACUCCGGUUCUCUCGGAGCCUGCCUCCUGACGAUGCCGCCUGGGGUUGCCUCUCUCAAAGCGGGUCAAAGGGCAUGAUCCUGGUGCUUGUUUGCCUCAUAUGGUGGGGAACUGUCAUCCCAACUCAUCCAGACGCACGAUUGGGAUGGCUUCAUGCUGUGGAAGAGAUGACAUGGAUCUUCCAGCACGCCGGCUUAACGUCUCCGUCGGCGCCCACUGGCCUUGACAACACCCUCGUUACCAUCACCGCGGCCGGCCGGCCGAAGCCGCGUAAGCGUGCUUCUGCUGCAUCAGCCACCGAAUCCCCAUCAUCCGUUGCUGCCGUCGCUAUGCGCGCCAAGCGCCCAAGGAACGACGUUCAAAGAGAAAGCACGCAGCACAUAUGGGUGAACAUGAUACAGAGUCAGGUUCAACACGAGCGGUGUGCGGGAGGCAGGCAGGUCGACUUCACAACUUCAGCAAACAGAGUCAGGUGA